AUGUGUUCUGACAAAGCCGAUAAGACGGGCGCAGAGUUUUAGCCAAAUUCGAGAUAAUUGCGCCAAGUUGUGGAACUCCGAUUUUUUUGGCGUUGUGCCAAGAUUCGGCCGUGAUGUGCGUUUUGUUGUAUGAGUGAAUACAAUGUGUGUGAUUUUUGCGUAUACGUAGUAGAAAGAGCGCGUGAUUCUGAACAUCGUUUUUCUAAAACCGAUUCACCUUGUUUCCAAUCGAGGAUGAUUCGGGAAUGUUUCGGAUCUCGUGAUUUCAUAACUAUAUUAUGAAUAUUUGAUUUCACUUUUAAGAGUUAUAGUUUUAGUUAAGUUUUUUUUUCUCAAAAGAAAAGUAUGUAUAUUGGGUUGUUUGAUAUAUGGAAGAGACUUUUACAGAGUCUGGGACUUAUACCUCCUGGAAAUUCGAGAUAUAUAUUGAAAGAGAAUCCCGUCUUUGAAGAAAGAGUCAAGCCACCAGAUUUUGACAGUACAAAACAAGUUCGAGUGUUGCUUUUUCGAGAACAUAAUGGACAAGAGAGGAGACUACUAUUUGAUUCCAAGGCUGUACGCAAGAGAGAUCCGACAGCAUCCCCAAAUGGAAAGCCACCCCUCAACAUUCAGGCCAGACAGAGGCAGGAAAGUAGCAUUGAAAAAUCUUUUAGAUUGAAUGAAGACCAUAGCAAGGAAUAUGUUUAUGAAUCCAAAAAACCAAGUUCUGAUGAAACACUUCUUAGAGAAAUGAUCUUUGGUUCAGUGUCCAUCUCCUACCAUGGUACAUUGUUGAAAGUUCAUGCAAUCAGGUCACCUUCCCAAGUUAUGCUGAGCCUUGUGUUUCCUGCCCCAUCUUUACCUCCAUAUCGUACACCGGAACCUGAAACAGAAGAGUCAGGAACUUGGACGACAUCAGUUGAGGUGAAUAUUAACAAAUCGACUGAUAAGUCUGAUACUCAUUUGGCUCAUAGUGUGCCAGUCAAUGUACCUAGUCGUUUAUCUUGUCAACAUGUAGAAUCAAGAGACAGUGAUUCUGACUCUCUACAAUCUCAUGAUGGUCAUAGCAGUCUUCCUACCACUCAUCUUUCACCUGAAACACCUGUUAGUUGUCUUCCACGUUCCAGCAGUUAUAACAGUUUGCAAAGGCGGAUAUUGAGAAACAAGGCUACCAGCAUCGAACUUGGAUUGCCCAAAUCAGAAGAAAUCUCUCCAAAUGAAUGUUCAAGGACUACAGUUAACAAGAGAGUUAAGCUUGGAUUAUCAGUUGUCAUUAACUUGAGUGAUGAGAGCAAGCCUGAUGACAAACAACUAAAUAACUUCAUUUUCACUCAUAUAUCAUUAAUUGAAGGACAUUUGAUGAGUUUGAAAGAUACAGUUAUUAGAGCUUAUUUGAAUCGAAAGAGUUUUUUAAACUUAAUGUUUGAAGGCUCAAAAAGAUUUCAGAAAUCCCUCUGUGAUUUGUAUGCAGCCCCCAGGUUAGUAAACCCAGAAUGGUUGACCAUUAUAUCCUCACCCAAUCAUCGCCAUUUGAGUUACACGUUUCUGGCUAAGUUUGCUGAUUUACUCAAGUCAUAUGACAAAAAAGAAACUAACUUUUUUGUAAGUACUUUGUUAACUGCUGUCCUCACUCAUCAUCUUGCUUGGGUACCUUCUGUUAUUCCAACAGAUUCUAAAAUCCAGCCUGUCCAGUCCAGUCAUAAACAUAUUCCUUGCUGGGUUGAUUUAAUUGCAAAGUCUAGGCCUUAUAAUCCUCUUUGGAUGCAGUUAAGUGAUCUCUAUGGUGGGUUAGGCAUUCCUCCCAAGCUGACGAAAACCAUUGUGAAAGGUCAAAAAAAGGAAGUCAUUCUUAGGUUUCUUAGAAUUCUUAGUUACUUCAUCAGGUGUAGUGAUAUAUGUCAGCAAGAAUAUGACAAAUCAGAUGAUUUGACAGAAGAUAGAGAAACUCUUGGUGCUAAGUGUUUGGAAGAGUUGGAACGUUCUCCUAUUAAUGUAGUGAAAAGGACUAAUGAAAGCAACUCCAACACACCUGUUGAUCUUCAUAGUUUCCAAUCUCAUACCUGCAAGAAGUGUCUUCCGCAAAAUUCUUGUAUACCUCAUUCUACUGCCGCAUUUUAUGAUCCCCUAGUUGAAUGUGCCUCUAAUUCCUCGAAGGACACAUGUGAAUUAACAAUCACACCGACCGAAGAACGGACUUCAGAACAUUCAUUAGAUUGUUCUAGUAUUAGGCCCGAAGCCACCCUUUUAGUUCCUACCAAUUCUGAAACAUUUCACACAAACUCAAAACGUUCUGAAUUCGACAGCCUUGGUUACAUGAGCUUGGAAGAGAAAGUGGAGAGUUUAGCAACGUGUUCCAAAAGACUAGCACUUCAAGAACAGCACCCAAACUGUUGCCAAGAUAGUGUUGGCAGUACUCUGGGUGCUGUCUUGUCUAGUAUUAGAGAAGGGAAGGAGAACAAUCCUUUAGUAAAUGUAACGUGCGUUGAUGGAGCUGUGAAAAACUGUUUGACAAAGGCUUCUGCAGAUCUGUGUCAGUCUUCAACCAAAGCCAGGUCUUGUUGCUGUUGUAAAGACUGUCCAUGCUAUGGUAAUCAAAAUGAAUGCGAACAGACUCAGUGUUUUAUUCUGGGAGAUUCUUCAAAAGUUCGAGAGUGUGAAUCUAUUGAAGAAGGUUAUCACAGCAUGGAAGAGCCACACAGUCCUAGCAGAGAACCUGCACAUUUGUCAGAAAUGCUGAGAAGGUUAGAUAAUUGGCGUCCCGAAGGUUGUCAAGAAAAACCAAUGCCUGGGUUGAAACACUUGGGGGAGAUUGUCGAUUCAUCACCAUACAAGAGCUUUGGAUGGUCUCUGAUGGCAGGAGUGUCUGAUCAUUACUUAGCAGACUUUUGUCUGCAAGGCCUGAAUGGGCAAUUGAAGGAAGAAGAAGUCAAAGAAGAUCUAAGACGAUUCAGCCAUGUUGAUAUUUUUGGGGAGCCAGUUUCUGAAUCUGUGUGUAUAAUUGCUGAUACAGAUAAAUGGAAAGUAAACCUAUUGUCAAGUAACGCUGCUAUGGGAGGAGGUAAAUUAGAGUAUAAUGAAUCAACAGUUAUUAUGUCAUCGCUUGUGAGUGAGAUAUGUGAUGCUAUCUUGAACAUGUGUGAGCUUAAGAUACCAGCUGAAUCGUGUAUCAUCUAUCUUGAAGAUCGCUUGCAAGAACUUUACACUCGAAGUCAAACACUAGCUGAUUUCAUCAGAAACAGCAAGGUGUUACUGCCACAGUCCAAAGUUGCGAGUGCUUUAAAUGUUGAUAUUAGUGACAUGCCUCUCUUAUUGUCCAUUGCAACCACUCAUUCACCUAAUUUAUCUGUAUAUAGUCGAUAAUUUGUCCAUUUUUAAUUUCAAUCCUAUUUUUUGGAUUUUUAUUUAUUUUGUAACAGAUUGUGGUAUAUAAAGUGCUAAGGGCUAGUGUAUUUUAUUUAUAUUCUCAUGUUUAAUAAGGGAUGUAAUAUUGGAAAAUGUAAACCCAAAUUUCAACUUCCUUUUUUUUAAAAAUAUUUUAAAUUCAUGCUUAACAGGCACGCCUAUAUUUAAGGAUAUCUGGCCACUAUGCUUAAAAGCACUCAUAUUCUGAGAUAACAAUGCAAAGCACUCUAGUAGUAGAUUGAAAUGACUAAGAAUUUAAUUUGUAAUAAAUAACAAGUCGAUUUUAAAUAAUUUUCUAAUAAUUGAUGAAAACAAGUACUUUUUUUGGUUUCAUAUCAUAUUUUAUAGUGUCAGCCACUGGUGACAAAUGCGGCACUCAACAGUUGUAGCCCCAUUAACUUUAAAAUAUUGCCAUAUUCUUUCCACGCACUUCUCUUACAGUUAUUGCUUUGUAAUUUUUUUUAUACUUAACACGUGAUAUAAUUUUUAAAUUUGUGCCAGAUUUAAUAAAAUUUUUUUAGUAUUAAAAUUUUGCGUAAGGAAUGAAAGAGGACAAAAAUAAUAUUGAUUUCAAAUAACAAUAGUUAUUAGUUGUAUUCUUCCGGAAAGGUAUACAUGAGAUGAAUUAACUUGCAUACUUGAAAAUACAUCCUUAGCACUUUAUUGCUGCUUAUUUUGGUAUGAUUCCUGCUCAUGUCCAUUUGUGAAUAUUUUCAUUACAUUCCACUAUUUCUUUAUAAAUAAAUACUAUGCAAAUUUAAGUGCUUUCUCUAUUGUGAGCUCAGAAAGUGCUUAAAUAUAUUGAAUUUUGUGCAAUUGUCUUUUGAUGUAAUUGCAUUGUAUGUGUAUGUUAUGUUUUUUACUGAAAUGGGAUUUUUCUAAGAUUAAAGUAUUUUUGGAUACUCUACAUAAACAUAUGAACUAUCAGAGGUGAUUGUAUUUUAGCUUUGCUUGAAUACUUAGAACAUAAAAAUAUUCAAGUUUUAAAAAAAUUGAAAAAGUUUUUUUUUUUUUGAAUAGUUAUAAUACUGAGUAAAAAUCAAUUUAAAAGAUUAAUUUAAAAAAAAUUGUUUGCAUUAAAUUAAUUCAAAAUUCUCAUUUACAUUUUUUUUUCUUCUUAUUUUUUAAAGAAAGAUAUGUAAUUUUAAAAUUUUUGGAACAAGUUUCAGGAAUUUGUGUUUCAUGAGUGAACUAAUUGAGAACUGAGUGUUUGAUCAAUCUGAGUAACACUUUAGGAAUUUGAGUAGAUUAGCUUUAAAGUUUAUGCAUUGAUAAUAUGAAAUAAAUAUAAUACAUUCCCGUGCAAGAUUAUACAUCCGGUCGACAAAUUUUACAAAUCCAUAAUGCUCAUUUAAAUUGUUCUCCUAAUAGUGUUCACUCUUUUGGUGUUUUAUGUACCUGCCAAAAGAGUAGUUAAUAAGGGUACUUCUUGACUGUUUUUUGACAAAUGCACUUGGGACCUUUUUUCACUCCAAAAAACACUUACAGAUAUUCCAUACACUGUGAUUUCAGAAAUUUUGCAACUUUCCAUAGUUGAUCAGUGUUGUAUAGUUAUAUAAUAUAAAAUAAAACCUUUCCCUUAAAAAUGAAAUUUUUUUCUUCGAAAAUUUGACUUAAAAUCUUUUUUAUGCUCUUUAAAUGUUUGAUAUUUUGUUAAAAUUUAUCCAGUAUUUCUUUUUUUUUUUUUUUUUUAAACCUUUAUAACUUAGGUAUUUGGCCAGUAUUAAAAGUAAUUUUAUACACUACUUCAAAAAAUUUUCUGCGAAAGCAAUAUUUUAAAAUAAGUUUUCACUAAAUAUUCUUUUACAAUAUGUUUUGUAUAAUAUUGUCUCAAAAAUACUUGUUUAUAACUAAACAUUGUUAUGAGGUGAAGAUUAAUUAUAUCUCAUUGGUUUCCAAAAAGCUCAUUGCACUUACCUCUGUAUUGUUCUUGUUUUAGUUAUUUAUUUGUGGUGAACUUUAAAAAUAAAUUGUUUUUCACUAUGGUUGUAUGUAUUUGUUUUUAUAAAAUAGUAAAAACUAGUUAGAGCAUAUCCUGCUGUUUUGUUGUGUUUCUUUUUUAUUGAGUUCUACUUCAACUGUUCAUUGUAAAAAUAAAGAAUUGCAUAACAUUUCACUUUUCUUUAAUUUGCUCAGAUUAGACCAAAAUGUGAAAUUUUGCAAUUUUAAUACAAUGAAACAUACCUUUUAUUUUUAAAAAAUGAAACAUUUUUUCCCUUUUUAUUAUUUGAUUGCUAAUAAAUAUAGAUUAUGACACUAUGUUCAUAACAUUAGGACUAAAUAGUUUGUUCUCAUGAAAUUAUUUUUAUACUAUUUGGUGGUUUCUACCCAAACAUUAAUAAAAUUUAGACUAAGAGUUUAGUUUAUUAAAAUAAAUCUGCAGAAUACAGUAAUGUGUGUGUAAAUAAUAAUAAAGAAAUUGUAAGUUUACUUUUAUAAUAAAAUGGAAGGAUUCUUUUCAUUAUUUUGUUUCAUAAAGAGUUUAUUAAUUGUUCUAUAAGAGGCAUAAUAGAUAUUAAGUCUGUUUCAAAAUUUAUUUCUACCAUCAACUAUGAAUAUUAAAAAGAAAUAUUUUUGAAAAAUGUUCGUUUUUUUAAAAAAAAAUAUAUUUUCCUUCUGUGAAUAAAAAAUCUCUUUAAAUGUAAUAAAAUUAAAUGUGUCAAAAUAUCAUAAAUAUACUAACAUUUAUUUAUAAAUAAUUAUUCACAUAGUAAGGAGUGAUCUGUGCCUUAUUUAAUAGCUAGUUGUAGAAAUUAGUACUGGCAUAUCAUUGAAUCAUAGUAUAGGAUUAUUUUAAAAUUAAUCACACAAAAUUACUUAAGGAGCAUAUUAUUUAUACCUAAAUAAAGAUUGCAAUAACUAACAAGAAAGAAAAUCUUUAAGAUUUCUAAGUACUUCUGUAAUAUGGUUAUUAAAAUGUUUACUUGAAAAAAAAAAUCUAUUUAUACAGAAAAAUGCCUUAAAUAUAAUUUUACCCGAGAAAUUUUUUUUUUUUUAAAGGAGCUGAUUUUUUAUAUGCAAUUACUUUAUGAGCAAAUAAUUAAAUACACUAUUCUUAAUUUAUGAUUAAAUAUGUGUUAAACUGUGAAUGUUCCAUAAAGCUAAUUCCAUUUUUUUAAACAACCAUAUUUUUAAAAAAAAUAUUUAUUUUCUGAGAAUUUGAGUUUACUUAGUCUUAUAAAGCUCUUAUCUUUGUGCAUUAAAAGAUGUAAAUUAAAAUAAUUACAUAAUAACAUUGCUUUAUUAGGAAAAAUCUCACAUUUAAAGAUUCAAAUAAUAUUUUUACAUAAAAAAAACAAUGCCAAAUUCAAAGCGUUCUGAGAUAUUAAUUAGUAAUUUGCAUUUCCUUAUAUAUAUUACAUAAUUAAGUUAGUAUUCGGAACAAAAAAAUGAAUUAAUGAUAUGCCGCUCUAUUAAUAUAUGUGUUACAAAAUUAUAUUAAAUAUGGUUCUUAGAAGAAAAUUUAGAACAUCAUUCUAAAAAUGGAAUGUUAAUUUUAAAGCACCAUUUUUGUAAUGAAAUAUGAAGUUUAAUUAAGUUGAUACUUUUCAUCAGUUUUGCUUUUUUAUUAAAUUUUAAACCUUGAAUUUAAGUUAAGUAUGUAUUUGUUAUAAAUAGAUAUUAUCCAGUCCUUAAGUUCGUAUUUUUAUAAAGCUUAUAUUACAGUUGUAUCAUAAAUUAUGAAGUUCAGAAAUUGUUAAUAAUUAGCAUCUGAAAAUACAGUGUUGAUAUUUUCAUAUGACAUUUGUAUAAUUUUCAUUGUUUCAUAAUAAUUUGAAUCUGUACAUAAGAUAUUUUAAAACAUAUUCGUGAAAAAUUUAUGCACUGAAUUAUUUUUGAUGUUUUUUUUUUCUUUUGCCACCUGCUUUUGAGAGAACUUCUUUUCUGUGAUUAAUUUAUUGUAUUGAUAUCCCAAAAUGUUUGUUAAUUUAUUGACUUAAGGUUGUAAUAAAUAAAUAAAUGUUUACUAUUUAUUUAACUGUAGACUCUCAUAAUUUAUCCUUUUGUCUAUUCUUCUAAACUACUACUACUCUCUUUUGACACUGUGUAAUCUACUCUUGAAACUUGUCUUUUAUGCUUCUUAUAACUCUCUGUAAAUUGUCCAAAUAAACUUUUUAUAUCAAAAA